AUGUGGCCCUUCGGAUCAGGCGAACCCAAAAAGGACAUCGCCGAUGACCUUCCCGAAAAUUUGCAGGAGUUCUACAAAGAGGUAAGCCCGACAAAGCAGAAACAAGAGCUAGCUUCAAAAGAUGCACAGGUAGCCAAGGUAUUGGAGAAAAAUCAGCAUGAAUACUCUUUUGAGCUUGAUCAGUUCAAAAGAGAAUAUCUGGCACAAAAGUCUUCGGCUAUAAAUUGUGCUGAACUUCAAGAGGCAGUGCUCAAAUGCUACGAUGGCUGGCUGAUGUUUGGAAUAGAUAACUGUUCGGCUCAGAUUAAGCGAGGAGCCAAGUGCAAUGAGUUGCAGGAAAGAGCCUUUGUCAAACUAAGAUACAACGACUGCUACAGCCAAAAGCAAUGCAAUGCUAUUCGUUUUGUGGUAGACCAGCUAUUCACAAAAAAUUUCGGCCAGCUAGGCGAGAAUGUCAAUGAUGAGCUGCUGGUGAAGUUCGAGAAGGACUUGGACGAUGUCUUCAACAAACUUUGGAAAUAA